UGAAAGUUCGAAACGGUCAACCACUGUGCGUCCAACCCAUACAUGCUACAACAACAAACAUCUUUAGGACGUUGAUUUAACGUUUGUUUUGGUAGCUAUUAUAGUGUAAGAAAGAAAGAUAACAUGACAGCGAAAGACCUUUUGCAGAUUGACCUGUAUGGUCUACUGGGUAUUAAAGGCACAGCGACAGCGAAAGAGGUGAGUGAUAGCUAGCUUGCUAACUAGCUAGCUACUGUAGAUAACUAACUAACGUUAACUAGCUAGCUUGCAAACUUUGACGCCUUGUGUAACUUAGUAUUAGGUUAGUUAGUUAGCUAACGUUAGUUGCUUUGAAGUUGGUACUUAAUAACAUAGCUAAUGGCCUCCUAUCUCUGCUCUUCCAAAAGGUGCUAGCACAGACGGCAGGGGUUAGUUAUAAAUAUUUGGUGCUAGUGGAUAUGUUAUACCAGCUAGCUCUGAUCCCGUCACGCGACGACAACAACGAGUUGCCUCUGCUGUGUUAGUAGAGGAACGCGCACUUAGCCUUGGACCAGAGCUACUAGCUAGCUAACUUAACUAGCUAGGUUGGUUAUGAACGUUAAUUACCUAAUAAUUGUAUUAGGUCAGAAUUUGUACAUAUGGAUAAUGUCAUUUGCAAUAUUUCUACCAAGCCUGUAGGUCCUGUGUGUUCUAAGUAAAGUAUCUUCAAAUGGCCACUAAGUGGCGGCAUAGUACCGUUCAAAAUUCAAUGUACCUAUAGAGCCAGCCAUUUAGGAUUUCUGCAGAUGUAGGUAGUAUCUGAAGGAGCAUGCAGAUGCAGUGCAACACCUCCUGGAGCAGAUGUCUUCUGAAAUGAUAAAUCAUGCUCUUAAGCCAAUGCAUCAUGUUGCCAAAAUUAGACUGCGGCUUCCUUAUCUAGCACUAUACGAAGCUCCUGUUUGAUUCUCCCAAGGGAUACCAACAAGUACCGGUUGAGCCAGCAUUUGGAUAAGUUCAAUAAACAAAUUGUCUUCCUCAAUAUCUCUUAUUGUUUGCAAAUCAUAAAUUGUACUGCAGUCUGCAUGUUAAACAAGUAUCAUGUUUGAUUGCUUGCUCAAACAAAAGGCUGCUCUACUUAAUUGAAACAGAAUGUAGCGGGUUAGUCUGAAUGACAUUAUGUGCAGACAUGGGUAUUUGGUUUGCUCCGGGAAGAUUCCCCUUUCCUUGUCCUCCAUUUUCCCUGCCCAUGCUCCAUGGGUGAUAGGCCUACGUGUGUCCCCCAAUCCAGUAAUUUUCACGACCACCUCCUUGCUAAGUUUCAAGCUCCUAAAAUCCGCAGGCCAGAAUGAAAUUAACAUUGCUGCCAAAUUGUGGGAAUAACUUAAUUUCUUAAUUGGAUUUCAAAGUCUCAUCCACCCCAGAGGAGUAUUUUAGGGAAAUUAGUGGUUGUGGCUUGGACAGAAAGAGUCACUGAAAUGGGGAGCCAAGUUUUGUGAGGUCUGCUGAUGGUCAGGAAAGAUGGUGAGCCGUAGUGCGUACACCAGUGCGUGUGUGGGGACUGGUAGGCCUUGAAACAAAGUGGUGCAAUCUAUGAAGACCGAUGUCAUAUGUCACAGUUGUUUUCUCCCACUGCUACACCAGGAGGACUGCUGUUUAUCAUUGAGAGAGGAAGUACUCCAAUAUCAUGUUAAUGUGGGCUUAGCAACAGCUUUUAAACCAUUCCCUGAUGAAUCUCGGCUUCCUGUUACUCCUCCUGAUUUGAAUUAUCUCUGUCGUUAUCUCUGGUUUUGAAAUUCCUCUCAUUUUGGAUUGCAGAUAUUAUAGCUAGGGUGCUGGAGCUGGUGGCUUGGAACCUGUGGUUUAUGCACAUCACUGAGUGAAUCAUUAUCUGGAGUUCUUUUUUACAUAGAUUUCUCCUGUAGCUGACACAGUUAAACAGGCCAGCUAUCACUUUUCAGCCACAUGCUCCUGCAUAUCAGCAGGGAUAAGAAGUGGCUGUUUUACCUACUAAGAGAACAGAGGAAGGGAAAAGACUGGACACAGUUUAGUCACCAACAUAUUCAAUAAGAUUCAGCUAUGUGGCUGCCUGGUGCUAUUUCUGUUGGCAAAUAAAGCACAAUAUAGCCUACCUAUAGCGUGACUGUUUUAUAUGUAGACACAAUCUAGCCGUCUGUCUGAGUUAUGUGCAGACAUUAUUCACCAGCAGAUGUCUUUGUGGACGUUAUCAUGACAGCACAGCGUUUACUUGUGGAGCUCCUUCCUCUCCUUCUCAUUGCUCUUCGUGUCUGGCUCCCUGACUGCAGUAACGUUAGGCCUCAGCGGCUAAAACAGCUCAUGGUACUGUAGCUUAGCUAGCUGUGGGAGUGGAGGGGAAUAGAGUGACCCCCUGCCAGGCUGGCUGCGUUUCACUGUGCAUCCUACCUUUGCGCUCUGCUGCCUGCAUCCAUGCAGAAGACACUUUCCUCGGGUGGGUGAGUAAUUCCGCUGGCCCUUGGCAGGCCCCACUCAUGCUAAUUGUAUCACUGUCCCAAACAAAUGUUCCUAUCAGGCGAGUUAUGAUCGGCUCAGGACGCAUUAUGUCUUAGUAGACACACACACACACAUUCACUUUAUACCCCCAACCUCUGUAGAUAUUUUAUAGUUUCCUUUUCUUUCUUCCCCCGCACCACUCCCUUCUCCUUCUUUCACUCCCUCUCUCUUUUUCUCUCUCUUUCUUCCUUGCAUGCAUUUUCUCCAGCAGAUAAUUUCCUAAUAAUGCCAGAUCAGUGUAAUUUAGGAGGAUGGCCCAAUUGCAGAGCAGGUAGCUAAUCAGCCACCCAUGUGGGUCCUGCUGUGGCUGUGUUGGGGCCAGUUGUCAGCUGUAAGAGGCACCACAGACGGGUAAUGAGUACAAGAUGUGGGCAUGCGGUAAAGACUGUGGCAUGCAGCGGGUGGCAGGGAGAGUCUGAUUUCACCAGGCACUAACUAUUAGGCUACUGUGUGCCUGCUGGUACUGUAAGUAAGUAGCCCACUGCUAAGGAGUGAGGGAUGGGCUUGAUUAUCAAAUCAAAUCGAAUGUUAUUUGUCACAUGCCCGAAUACAACAGGUGUAGAUGUUACCGUGAAAUGCUUGCUUACGAGCCCUUCCCAACGAUGCAGAGUUGAAAAAUAGUCACACAGAAAUAAUUAAAUACACAAGAAUGGAGCUCUAUACAGAGAAUACCAGUACCAGUUCAAUGUGCAGAGGUACGAGGUAUUUGAGGUAGAUAUGUGCAUGAAGGCAGGGUAAAGGGACUAGGCAUCAGGAUAGAUAAUAAUACAAGUAAAAUAAAGAACAGAGUAGCAGCAGCAUAUAAUGAGUGUAAAAGUGUGUGUGUGUAUGUGUUGUGUCGGAAUGCAUGUGUGUUAUGUGUGUGUGCGUAUGCAGUGUUUGUGAAUGUGUGUGGGUUUUGUGUGAGAGUGUCAGUGUAGUGUGUGUGUGUGUGUGAGUGAGUAUAUAGACAUGUAUAGUCUUGUGAGUGUGCAUAGAGUCAGUGCAGAUAGUCCUGGUAACCAUUUUAAUUAAGGUAAUUUCCAUGAAAAGUACCCAUGAGCACCAAUGUGAAGUUCAUAGGAGCAUAUGAAAUUGGGUGUCAAAUGAAAGCUAAGAGUCUAUAUUUUUGAGAAAUUAAGGCAUAUAUAAAUUUUUCAACCAUUUUCCAUCCUAAAAAUUUGGAAUAAGCAAAGGCUUUGAUUUCUGGUCAAACAGAUGGAAAAGGGGUCUUAGAAAACAUCUACCUGAAAAAGUCUUAAAUUCAGUUACCAAAACCCCAUAUAUUUUAAAGCUAUUUUCUAAUUUCUUUCCCUCAUGAGAAGGGAGGUUAAUGAAAAUUCACAGAAGUAACAAGUAAAGGUAGACCUAUCAAUUAGUUAGUGUUUUUACUAAUAUCAAUUUUGUUUAUGAAUUAUUAAGUGAUUAAAACUCAAAAUUCUGUUUCUAAAUCAGUAACGUAAUUUCUGCAAUUGAAUUUGCUACAAUGGGAAAUCAUGGUAGUCACAAACCACAGUUUGGUUCACAAGUUUAGACAGCGCAGCACAGUAGAGUAUAGUGUUGUCACAAUACCAGAAUUAUGACAUCGAUACCGAUACUACAGUAGGUUUAAUAUCACAAUACUCGAUACCAUCAUGAUACCACAGCAGAAAAAGAAGGCCUAUUAGCCUAACUCACAGAAUGGCACUUUAUCCAGACAGAUCUUUUGAGUUCCAUAUCAUUACAUUUUAAAUGUUCAAUGUUUGAAUGUAUCAAUUAUACAAUCAUGCAGUCAAUUUGACUUUUUUAAAUCUUUUUUUUAACCAAUCUAACUACAUAACAUAAUGGUAAUAAUUUGUUUAAAUGGUAAGUCUCUUGAUAAACUGGGUAAAUCAAGAUGUAGCCAAGGCCUAUUCACAAUACAGGUGAAUUCAUAUUCAAUAGGAGUGUGUGCGUGCAUUGAGUUAUUGAGCUGAUUUCAUGGGUCUACAGAUGAAAAACAAUCUGUUUCCCCAUCAUUUGGGACUUAUUUUAUUGUACUGAUCAGCAACAUUUGCAUAGAAGAAGCAAUCUCUUAUUUUAUAAAAGUGCGCGCUGUCUCACUCACUCAUGUUCGAGCUCGAGCAAAGAUGAUCUUGACUGGGAGAGACGUGAGGCGGGGGAGACAAAGUUAAUGAAGAACGUUUUUGGUCACAAUCACCUUUGAAAUCAGCAAAAUUUUACAUUAUGGUUAGCAUAUUAUCACAAGGUACUAGGGUAGGAAAUUGAUCUUAGCUUCAGCUGUAAGCUAGCAAGGAAAGUUAGCGUACAAAGCUGGAAGCUACCUGUAUCCUCUUGCAUUGUAAAGUGUUCUAGCCUGUAAUGGACAUUUUGGCGAACAGUAAUUAAGUUUCAACAUUUCUACAUGCCGUGUUGCAUUAUUCAAGUGUCUUAAAGCUGCAAUAUGUAAGUUUUUUUGGGCGACCUGACCAAAUUCACAUAGAAAUGUGAGUUAUUGAAAGCAAGUCUAAGAAGCGGUACAUCUGUUCUAUGUGCACUAUUUCUAUGCUUCCCGUUUUAAAGUUUAGUUUUUGCGUCUUUUACUUUCGGUUUUGUACAUAAGCUUCAAACAGCUGAAAAUACAAUAUUUUGGGGUAUGCGGUUUAGAUGGUACAAUGAUUUUCUACACUAAACUUGCUUGUUUUGUCACAAAAACGGAAAUUAGGCGAACUAUUAGAAUUUUAGCAACCAGAAAAUGGCAGAGCAAUUUCUGCAUAGUGCAUCUUUAACUUCUGUGCAGCAUAAGUGGUAAUGCAGCCCAGACUCCCAGUGAAUGCAGUGGUUCCACAGGACAAGCUAGACCAUGGAUGGGCAACUAGGCAGCCCGUUUUGAAGGCACUCAGAUUUUUUUUAUGGGGGGGGGGGUUAAAUGUGUAGAAUUGCAAGAAAUGAUAUGAGUACGCAGGAUGUGGGUAUGCAGACCUGUGAGAAACUGCGACCCCUCAUGGUGAGUUCAGAUUUUAGCUUAAAUUUUAAGUGAAAAAUCUGUUACUGUGGAAUUGCCCAUAACAAUUUAGCAGUCUUAUGGCUAUUUAGCAGUCUUAUGGCUAUUUAGCAGUCUUAUGGCUUGGGGAUAGAAGCUGUCUCGGAGCCGGACGGUAGCAGAGUGAACAGUCUAUGGCUUGGGUGGUUGGAGUCUUUGGCAAUUUUUCGGGCCUUGCUCUGAUACCACCUGAUAUAGAGGUCCUGGAUGGCAGGGAGCUGUCCGCACCGCGCCACGGUAGUCUUAUGGUUCAUUGGCUCCUUUAAGAAGUCUCACUCUCAUAAUUGAUUUAAGAUAUCCAGCACUGGAAAAACGGUAAUGAGCAGUAGACCUGUAGUUGCCACUGUUAUUGAUCCUCCUCACUCAAGAGGACCUGUCACUCGACCUGCGAUUUCUACUUUUCCUUAUCACUGAAUUAGCUCACUCUAAAGUUGUCCCACAUUGGCAUGUACAGAGGACACUGGGUCUACCUCAAUUAGGGCUUGCGUGUUACAUCAGUGAUGGGACUAACCAUGUAUUUAACUAAAUUCAGGGCUGAGGGAGCAGUAUUCACUUGCCAGCAGUAGAUGAGAGGGAGAUGGUGCAGGGGGAGAGGUACCUGGCAUUAGACUGGCCUGACGGGUCUUAUGGAGCCCCAGUGCCGAGCACAGCACUAUGAAACCCAGUCAGUAAUCCCCAAGGGGGUGUCCCUCUGCUGUUGGAGUGCUUGCACACAUCUACCAAAUAGGCUGUUAUUAACACAGAGGGGAUCUCUCCCUCUUCCUAUCCUUCUCCCCCACCCCAUCCUCCAGCCCCUGAGCCCAGUUCCUCUCAAGGCGAUGAGAAUAAGGGUCUCUGUAGAGCUUGUUAAAAGGAGGUGAGGUAACCACUCUGAGGGAUUACUGAUGGUGUUACAAUUACUAGCGUGGAGGCUUUUCAGCACAGCGGGCUUGAUGACAGGUUGCUCUUGUUCAAGAGCUCUGUAGAUGUCCAGGCAGCUGGAGAAACCUACUUUGACCGAACAAAAUGACAGCGACACGUAAACUUAUCAGAUUGGUCCGGUGAUGGCCAAAUCCGCUAUGUGAAUUGAGGACACGGCCUGACCUCUCAACUGGCUGAUGUGUUUCUCUUGGGCAGUAGCAGUGCUGCGUAACUCAGGAGCUUCUCAUUACGCUCUGCUCGCUGCCAAACAGGACAUCUGACGCUGACUCACUCUUUGGUUGAGGUAAUGUGCUGGCCAUGAGCUGAAGUCUGGGGAGAAAAGAGACAAGAAAUGCAGCAGAGCAGAAAGUGACUGGAUACUAGAGGUGGUAGGAGGUUGAGGGGGAAGCGUUGCUGCUUGAAAUAGUUCCACAGACCUGAAUGUUACUGUAUGUAGGAAGCUCUCUGAGUGAAGGGCUGUAAUAAUGUGUAGCCUCACAGAGUGAUUUCACUGAACUGGGUUAUGAUUGAUUGGCAGCACGGGAGAGAUGAGGUGGAGGUGAAAGGGGUAGGGCUAGGAAUUGCCAGAGACCUCACGAUACGAUAUUAUCACGAUACUUAGCUGCUGAUACGAUAUUUACGUAAUUUAGCAGACGCUCUUAUCCAGAGUGACUUACAGGAGCAAUUCGACAGAUUUUUCACCUAGUCGGCUCGGGGAUUAGAACCAGCGACCUUUCGGUUACUGGCACAACGCUCUUACCCACUAAGCUACCUGCCGCCCAAUAUGUAUUGGGAUUCUCACGAUGUAUUGCGAUUUGAUGUUCCAAACAUAUUGCUCACUAUAUGUCUGCUGCAGAGAGGCGAGAGAGCCAUGAGAAAAUGAGUUUUGAUCAGUCAGGGAAAUAAAAGUGCUGAAAACAUGUUGGCUCACGUGAAGAAGGAGAACAAGCUGUAAGAUGAAAAAUACCAGCGUUUUGGCGCUGGUACAGCGGACUAGCGCUAGAUAAUGCUACCUAGCAAUGAACAAAUAUUUGGAUUCAAAGUAUCGAUAUAAUUUCGCGAUAUGUAACUAUAGAUUUUUCCCCCCAUCACUAGAAAGGGGGGAGGUGAAAGAAUGCUGGCAGGGCUGAUUAGGACGGGAGGUCUUCACUGGGCAUAGAGGAGUGGUUUGAAAAGCUGGCGCUCUGUCUCUUCAGAGAGCUGCUUUGUCUCUCAAUGGGCCCUGCUUCCUCUCUGGAGGAGUAGACAUCGCCUAAUGAAAAACACGUUGUCAUUAACUCGCUCAGAAGAACCCAAGAAAUGCGGUUAACAUUCCAGAGAACUUCGUUUUUUUUUUUAAACGGACUAAAACCUCACUUAAGAUUACAAUGCUCAAAAGUAUUUUUUUCCCCCUAAGUUGGUUGCUCAUAUUUUCAAAUGUUUUGGCUUGAGACCCAAGAUAUUAAUGGCUGCCAUCCCAAUUUAGUGAUGGACAAUGGCGCACUGUUUGCGUGUUAUUGUAAUUUAUUCCUCUGCUGCCAAUCCAGUCCAUAUUUAUCCUUCUUGAAAAAGCUUUGUCAGCAUAAAGGUGACAGCAGUCAAGUCAAUCUUUAUGUAGCGUGCAUUAUCACAAGCACAGCAAAGGAUGGGUGCAGAUAUUGAUGUGGCCCCAUUUGAAACAGAGCCUAAACUCCCUAUCAACCACUGAACACGUUUCCACCCCCUGUACCGUCAUAUCAAAAUGUUACUCAUCUUUUUAUUAUGUUUCCAGGAGACCUUCAUUUUUAUACACAUUUCACUUUUCGGGCCAGUGAUGGCAUGAAAAAGAAUAAUCGUGUUGGAAAUAUAUUUCAGAGAUUCUAGAUUGCCAAGAUGCAUACAGCGGUUUGGAAUAUUCAGGAAAAACAACCCUGAAGGCAUUCUUUCGAAAACAACAACAAAGUACAGUCUCUACCACAAAGUCCAACCAAGGUGCACAAAAUGAAGAACUAACUGCAUGCAUCUACAAAAAUAUGAAUCCACUCUGGGGGCAGUUAAAAACAACAACACAACACAGUGAUAGAGGAUCUGGCCAUUCCAGGUUAUUGGACGAGGGAGACCUGUUUUUCUGUCUGGAGAGUUAAAACCACAACAUUUGAUACUGAACAUAGUGGACUGGGACAUAACAAUGUGAAUAAUAAUGUGCGGACCUAAAUCCAUGCAUACUAAAAGAGUAAACACUCUGACUGAUUUAAUUCUCCCCUUUUCUUCUGUAGAUCAAGAAAGCCUACCGACAGAAAGCCUUGACAUGCCAUCCAGAUAAGAACCCAGACAACCCAAAAGCAGGUGAGUGAAAUGACACCUUGUGUAUCGGCCUUCUGCCUCUGUAGCAGAUUGUAAAACCUGAACUCCAUCACCACCAGCUACGUCCAUGAUUGUGACCUGACACACGCUGUGAGAAUAUAGUGUGUGUGUGUGUUCAGUGUCUUGUAUGACUGGGAGGUUAACAUGGGUAUUCAUGUGCAGUGUGGCCCUGUCAACAGGCACCAUGGUGACAUCUACUCUCCUAACCCACAACAUUACAUGCUGACAUCUCCUCCACUAAACCCUCUAGAGUCUGACCUUGCUGCCAGAUGGACCUCCACGACUAACCAGAGCAGAGCCUUCCCACAAGCCCUCCAGCCAUGCGGGCCAGCCCCAGCCAGACAGCAUGACUAGCGUUUACCCAGUCAGCCCCUUUGGCACUCCGCGGCCUGUCGCCAACAAACGUCAACAAUCAGUUUCGGAAGUUUCAAUAUAAUUCUCUGUCAGGGGAAAAAAGGCACCGUGGCGAAGGCAUGUCGUAAGGCAUGUUUUCAAGUGAGGUUUGUGCGGUUGCUGGAUGCCUCUUACUAUUCCUGAUUAAGUCAAAAAUGGGAAAGAAGGGGGUAAUGGGGGGCUGAGUGGAAUAAAACUGCUCGAUUUCCCAGAAAUUAAAAGGAGAUGUUGAAGAUUAUGCUCUUUCACAUCACAUGCACUGAUUUACCCACUCACACGAGAGGUUAAGAGCCCUGAGACUGUAGCCCGAAGCGAUGGGGGGGUGUUGAGGUGGGGGUGACGUUCCACCCCCCCCCCCCCCCCCAAUAUACACCCCCUGUGCUGUAACAGUCUGAGCUGCUCCAGACAAUGUGGCACUCCAGCAGGCUUUCAUUCAGCCAGCUCUGCUCCAUGUGCGUAGGUAACUUUACCCGUCCACUUGCAGCAAAGUCUCUAGAGCCUGCUGUUUGUGUGCUGCUUUUAUCACAGGGAGUAACAGUAGAGGCCCGUUAGAUAGGGGAAAAAAACUCCCAUAAGUGAGUGAUUAAGCGUGCAGUAGUGGGGCUGUUAUGAGCUGGGGGUUUGCGGUGCUGGGGGGGGUGGAUAGAGGCGAGCGCCGGGGAUUUGCGUGGUACUUGUGAUUGCCCCUGUGGCCCCUUAGGGCUCCCUAAUGGGAGAUGGAUUGAGAGGCCUGGGUGGAUUUAUGUGGGAAAAGUGUGAGUGGAUCAUUGGGGAACCAGGUUUCGUGAGACUCCAGGCACAUUUUAACGCAGGAAAUGUCUCCGUUUAUGUCAGCCCUGGGUCCUGCGUUGGCAAGGAGACAUCACAGAGAGCACACGCCUGCUCGUUUUUUAAACCCUGCCUCAUUUCGGUCCUCUACAUGCAACGCACAGCCCCCCCGGUCUCUCCCUCUCUCUCCCCUCGCGUGUUAGCAGCUCACUAAAGUAUCAUUACCUUGCGUUGUUAACCUUUGUUCCAUUUGGUUGCUGUUUUUAAAACUAACAUUCUACACAUACACUAUGGCCCCCUUAACCACAUCUUAAGUCCUCACUGAGCAGGAAUAUGAGAUUGUGUAUGUUUCUAUGUAUUGUACAGUAUUUAUUAUCUCUAAAAUAUGACAGUGUCCUUGGUGUUUCCUCCGCAGCUGAUCUCUUCCACCAGCUGUCCCAGGCCCUAGAGGUGCUGACUGAUGCUGCUGCCAGGGUAAGACUUCUGUCCUCUCUGUCUGUCUGAUACACACCCAUCAUCCAUACCCCCCACCAGGCCCUCUUUCCCUCUUCUCUCCAACUGUUCAUCACAUCAAACUGUCCUCCUCUCCUCUGUUUCAGGCUGCUUACGAUAAGAUAUGCGCUGCCAAGAAACAAGCAGAGGAGAGAAACAACAAGCUAGAUGCUAAGAGGAGGAAGAUCAAGCUAGGUGAGCCCUCAGACCUGUGCCAACUCAACAAGCACUUCCCUCAGUAACACAAAACUGGCGAUUUAGGAUGAUGCUAACUGUGUGUGUGUGUGUGUGUGUGUGUGUGUGUGUGAUUUUCACAGACUUGGAGGCCAGAGAACGCCAGGCUGAGGCCCAUAGUGCAGAGCAGUUCCAAAACACCAGAACUCUAGAGGAGGAGGUAAGAAAGAUCCUAGUUUCCUACUCUGACCCUAGAAGAACAGAUUAUACAGGACUGUUUCACUUGAAUGCCAAUCCCUCACCCACACACAGUCAGGUCUAGAGCAGUGAGGUGGCAAAAACAAUAGGCAUCCUGGAGGAUGGAUGAAGCAGAAUAUACAAUACAUGCUCAGCUCAACUGCCUGCACCACACACAGUCAGCCCCAGAGUACAGCUGUUUGAAUCACUGGCUUAGUGAAGGUAACACACACAGCCACCUCCACUCUCCUCGGCCCUCAUACCCUCUCAAACAGCUGAGCCUAUCGCUGUUAUAACGCACACUUUCACAUGUUUCCCUUGAUUGACCUUGAAAUUCACUAAAUUUCAAGGUCAAUCAAGACGUGGGCAAACAACGAAGCCGCAGCGAUAUCUCGCAGAAGUGUUUUAUUUUGUACUUAUUUUUCUCCCCAAUUUUGAUCUUGUCUCAUCGCUGCAACUCCCCAAUGGGCUCGGGAGGCGAAGGUUGAGUCAUGCAUCCUCCGAAACAUGACCUGCCAAACAGCGCUUCUUAACACCCGCCUGCUUAACCCAGAAGAAGCCAGCCACACCAAUGUGUCAGAGGAAACACCGUUCAUUGUUAACCCUGGGGUUGUUGUCCUGUCAGAUUGCCCGUCUGAGAGAGGAGGGCUCCAGGCAGCUGCAGGAAGAACAGAGGCUGAUCAAGGAACAGAUCCAGAGGGAGAGGGAGACACAGCUCCACCACACAGGCACAUCAGACUACACAUCUACAGGUACAGCACCUAGAGCUACAGUGGGGAAAAAAAGUAUUUAGUCAGCCACCAAUUGUGCAAGUUCUCCCACUUAAAAAGAUGAGAGAGGCCUGUAAAUUUCAUCAUAGGUACACGUCAACUAUGACAGACAAAAUGAGAAAAAAAAGAAUCCAGAAAAUCACAUUGUAGGAUUUUUAAUGAAUUUAUUUGCAAAUUAUGGUGGAAAAUAAGUAUUUGGUCAAUAACAAAAGUUUCUCAAUACUUUGUUAUAUACCCUUUGUUGGUAAUGACACAGGUCAAACGUUUUCUGUAAGUCUUCACAAGGUUUUCACACACUGUUGCUGGUAUUUUGGCCCAUUCCUCCAUGCAGAUCUCCUCUAGAGCAGUUAUGUUUUGGGGCUGUCGCUGGGCAACACAGACUUUCAACUCCCUCCAAAGAUGUUCUAUGGGGUUGAGAUCUGGAGACUGGCUAUGCCACUCCAGGACCUUGAAAUGCUUCUUACGAAGCCACUCCUUCGUGGCCCGGGCGGUGUGUUUGGAAUCAUUGUCAUGCUGAAAGACCCAGCCACGUUUCAUCUUCAAUGCCCUUGUUGAUGGAAGGAGGUUUUCACUCAAAAUCUCACGAUACAUGGCCCCAUUCAUUCUUUCCUUUACACGGAUCAGUCGUCCUGGUCCCUUUGCAUAAAAACAGCCCCAAAGCAUGAUGUUUCCACCCCCAUGCUUCACAGUAGGUAUGGUGUUCUUUGGAUGCAACUCAGCAUUCUUUGUCCUCCAAACACGACGAGUUGAGUUUUUACCAAAAAGUAAUAUUUUGGUUUCAUCUGACCAUAUGACAUUCUCCCAAUCCUCUUCUGGAUCAUCCAAAUGCACUCUAGCAAACUUCAAGACGGGCCUGGACAUGUACUGGCUUAAGCAGGGGGACACGCCUGGCACUGCAGGAUUUGAGUCCCUGGCGGCGUAGUGUGUUACUGAUGGUAGGCUUUGUUACUUUGGUCCCAGCUCUCUGCAGGUCAUUCACUAGGUCCCCCCGUGUGGUUCUGGGAUUUUUGCUCACCGUUCUUGUGAUCAUUUUGACCCCACGGGGUGAGAUCUUGCGUGGAGCCCCAGAUCGAGGGAGAUUAUCAGUGGUCUUGUAUGUCUUCCAUUUCCUAAUAAUUGCUCCCACAGUUGAUUUCUUCAAACCAAGCUGCUUACUUAUUGCAGAUUCAGUCUUUCCAGCCUGGUGCAGGUCUACAAUUUUGUUUCUGGUGUCCUUUGACAGCUCUUUGGUCUUGGCCAUAGUGGAGUUUGGAGUGUGACUGUUUGAGGUUGUGGACAGGUGUCUUUUAUACUGAUAACAAGUUCAAACAGGUGCCAUUAAUACAGGUAACGAGUGGAGGACAGAGGAGCCUCUUAAAGAAGAAGUUACAGGUCUGUGAGAGCCAGAAAUCUUGCUUGUUUGUAGGUGACCAAAUACUUAUUUUCCACCAUAAUUUGCAAAUAAAUUAAUUAAAAAUCUAACAAUGUGAUUUUCUGGAAAAAAAAUUCUCAAUUUGUCUGUCAUAGUUGUCGUGUACCUAUGAUGAAAAUUACAGGCCUCUCUCAUCUUUUUAAGUGGGAGAACUUGCACAAUUGGUGGCUGACUAAAUACUUUUUUACCCCACUGUAUAUACCUCCCCCCUCCCUUUUUGUUUUUACACUGCUGCUACUCGCUGUUUAUUAUCUAUGCAUAGUCACAUUACCCCCACCUACAUGUACAAAUUACCUCGACUAACCUGUACCCCCGCACAUUUACUCGGUACCAUACCCCCAGUAUAUAGCCUCGUUAUUGUUACUUUUAAUUUAAUUAAAAAAUGUUACGUUCAUUUAUUUAGUAAAUAUUUUCUUAACUCUAUUUCUUGAACUGCAUUUUUGGUUAAGGGCUUGUAAGUAAGCAUUUCACGGUAAGGUCUACACCUGUUGUAUUCGGCGCAUGUGACAAAUACAAUUUAUUUUGAUUUGAAAUGCACUCCCUGUGCUGUAACAGUCUGAGCUGCUCAGGCCAAUGUGGUACUCCAGCGCCCAUAUAGAACUUUAUUCUUGAAAUGUUGGUGAUGUAACUCGGGCUCCCGAGUGGCGCAGCGGUCUAAGGCACUGCAUCUCAGUGCUUGAGGCGUCACUACAGACCCCCUGGUUCGAUUCCAGGCUGUAUCACAACCGGACGUGAUUGGGAGUCCCAUAGGGCGGCGCACAAUUGGCCCAGCGUCAUCCGGGUUUGGCCGGUGUAGGCCGUCAUUGUAAAUAAGAAUUUGUUCUUAACUGACUUGCCUAGUUAAAUAAAGGUAAAAAUAAAAUAAAUAACAGUACGAGAACGCCUCUGACAGUUCCCUAUGAAAUGACCCGCUGUAAACAAGCAAAACAGAGUAACACAUUUAAUAGACAUUUUUAUUGAUUAGCAUUCUGGAUAAUGUGUAUCCAAGUCUUUACUGUGUUGUUGUGUCAACAAACUGCAUAUCUGCUUUCACUGGACAUCUUCAUAGGAAGCGUUAAAUAUCACUUAGCAACAGCUAUGGAGAAGAAAGUGCCGCUCUUGGAACGUUCAACCGCAUUGGCCUAACUCUCUCUCUGUAUGGCUCUGAACCACACCAGUCACUCAACACUGCACUGACUGCCUUGUUACCCUCUAAUGUAUUUUUUUGCCCAUGGUGCUGUCAAUGAGACGCACUGCCAAGCCUGUCUACUAAACCAGGCCAGUCAACAGGGCAGUGAGCGGCCAGUCGGACAUAUAUUAUACAGUACCCAGCCCGUCUGGACUGAACAACAAUGGAAUGUUCUUUGACUUAGAAUAUGUUAUGUUGCUUAGGAACACAAAACUGUUUGUAAUAUUAGUAUGAAAGGCCUAUUUUUGUCCUUUGGCAGAGAAAUAACCUAGCUACAUAAUACAGACCUAACAGAACAUAUACAGCUUCAUCAUCUGGUUGACUAGCAUUCUACCUCUUAAUAUCACAUUUGCGUUUGGGGGGGAAAUAUGCUGGUUCUGGGCUGGAGCCAUCAUAAACCGUUGUCUAAAUGUCUAAUAAAGGGAUGUGAUGGGAGUCAAGGUUGUGGGAGAUGAUGAGGUCUUGGCCUGGCCCCCCAUUGUGGCUACACACUAAGUCAUGCAAGGUCAGCACGUCUUCACUGAGACCAUCUGUAUCUCUGCUCGCACGCGAUUGGGCCUCACCGGGCCUCUGCGGUAAGGACUUCCUGGAACAACGCCCUGUUACGACUCCGGAGGCGCCCGGCGGGUCAGCAGGCUUGGGACCAGUACGGUUGGGGGAUGAACAACCAAAGGCUGAUCAUGUAUGACCUGCGGUGAUGCGAGACAAGCGGUCCUGUCCGUCUCCCAAUGAUGGGACAACAAUGUCUUGACCACUGUGACGGAGCCCUCCCCGACCAACCGCACGUCUCAUUUGUCUUUUUGAAAUGUUUUGUCUGCCUGAAUAAAUAAUAGUUUCUUUGUCUUUCUCUUUCUCUGUGUCUCUCCCUUUCCCUCGCUCUCUCGCAGACUCAGCUGUUGGAAGGCAUUCCAAGAGCAAUGUGACCCCCAAAUUAAAAGUAAGUUAUAAUAUUGCUUUUAGUCAGGGGAUUGGAAGAGGGGUCAGCUUGUAGGGUUGAGAUUCUUGGAGAAGGAAUGGUGGAGGAGAGUCUCCAUACUGGUGUCCUCCUGAGGAAUCUCUGAAGUGAGUUAAACCAUGGCCAGAACCUCCAAGGUAUUUCAUUAGUAAGGGGUUUAGGAUGGAAACCAAGACAUUUGUGAAAUAAUGGAGAGCACAUACACUCCUCCCCAAGUACGUAUGUGUCCUGUUCCUCUGUCUGUUCCUCUCCAGUGUACUGUAGGCCAUCGUCAGGAGAGCUGUAACCACGUAAAUAGAGGGUUAUUAUAUUUCCUUUGGAAACCACCCAAUCCACAUCUAUUAAAGGACACAGGGGAUGUUAGCUAAUGUCUUUAAGUAUUUAAUAUUGUUAAAACAUCUGAUACCCAUGAAGAACGGUGUAUCCCCCAAAUAAUCAGUUUGUGUCAGGAAAACAAACGUCAGGGUUGAGUCUUGCUACGGUAUUAAACAUAUCAUAUUCACGUACUGUACAUGUGAAUAUUAUUCCAUACAUUGCUCUAAGGGGCAGUUGUAUCUGAUAGUUGGGAACACGCAAGAAGUCAAUAUCAAAGUCAGACGUCAUUUAGUCAGAUUUUGUUAUGGAGCAAUAUUGAUAGAUGAAAAUUAAUUACAUCUGUAUCUUUUUUAUAGUACAACAUUCAAGCCAUAUUGUUUCUGGCCCUAGAGCGUUGUUCUUUCCUUCAGUAUUCUGAAUAAUUUUGACAAAUUUUCGGAUGUUAUUUUGGUGUAGAAUAAAUUUCAAAACUACUGGGGGACAUUGACCCUUACGUUUCUAAUAGUCCUCAUCGAUUUCAACAGUGCUAUUUGGAAGUUGAUCAUAAACCAUUGUUGUCCUCCCCACUGUGGCAGAUUCUUUGACAAGAGAGUGAAAUAUGACCUCUGAUUAUGCACUGUUAUUUUUCCUGUGAGGGUUUUUGUUCUAAAAUAUUUCGUUAUUUGUGGCUUUCAAGCGUGCGUAUCAAAUGUACCAGAGCAGUUGGGGACUGCCAGGGAACUCCAAUCUCUUUAGAGUUGUUUAGACUGUCAGUAACAUACACCGCAGCAACGUGCUGGAGCAGCCUGACAUUUGGGUAUCACCCAAGAUCUGUUCCGCCUUGUUAGAAGAUUAAUGGAAUACAAGGUUAUCGUUGGGUAGAGGAGAAAGCACAUUUUCAAAAUAAUUGUUUGAAAAAGAAAUGUGUGUAGACUGGGCAAUUCCCAGAAAGGCUCCCUCUGACAGUGAACAGAGUGUUGGUCUGGACCUUUAGUCUGGCUGCUUGCCUUUGAUAAUUCUGCUCCAGAUAGUUAGCGAGAUAAAGUCUUGAACCUGCAGGGUUAUGAAUGGAAUUAGCCUGUUACAUAACAUCUUACUCAGAGAGCUAAGCACUGGGAAAAUGAAACAUUUGCAAUUGAAAUGCUGUACAGUAAAUUGAGUAAACUUUCAGCUGUCAGCCAACAUUACAGAGAUCAUUGCUUUAUUACAUGGUAUUUGCUAAUAAUGACCAGAGCUAACAAGGGGUUUUCUCAGAAUAACUCUCACAUAUUUCUCUGUGAAUGAGUGACCCUCACGUUAGCUACAUGCCACACAUAUACGUCUCUGGUUCGAUCUGUUUUGCGUUAGGUGCUCAUUAAAAGGCCUAGUGAUGUGUGUUGCGUUGUGGCUAGCAGUAACCAAGAGGAUUAAGUAAGUGUAAGUUCCAUAACCAAAGAUGGGUUAUUUGGCUCUCGGUUUUUCUCUCUUAACUCUAUGUAUUUUUCUCUUUCAGUUGAAGUGGAAGUGUAAAAAGGAGGAUGACACCAACGGGGGCUACUCUCAAGACUUCAUUUUGAGCCUUCUAUCAAAGGUGGGUGCCCUGAAUGUGAAUCACCAGAUAUCACUGCAUGGCUGAGAUUCAAAAGGCCACCACCUUUAAGUUGGCACACAGUUUUUACUAAGAGCAACAGUUUCUCCCACCUGCAUCUUUUGGAAGGAGCUAUGACUCAUACCGUAUGUCUCAUAUUAAAUGUCCUAUUUGAAUGUGUAAUGUAGCAGUAGAGACACUGGUUAUAUAAUCAUACUUGUAGAAUAUAUCUCUGAGGGCUUGUCCCCUGCUGCAUCACGGACCUGUAUCUCACCCCAACUCUCCUGUAAUGAGACCUGCCUGGUGUCCAGCUCACGUUUGAGCUCUGCAUGACAUCAGUGUUAUAGAUGGUUUUAUUUUCCACUUUAUACAAGCCCCAUUAAGUUUAGUAGCAGUGAAAGCGCUGGGGGCAAUGCAGUGCCCUCUUAAAGUGGUGCACGCCAUUGUUAGUGCCCCGUUACUGGGCAGGUUUAGCAGUGCCAGGGGAGUUGCUAGGAAAUGUGCUCUUCUCAUGCAACCGUGUACCACCUCGAACUGCAACCAGCUAAGGGUGUUUUGGUGGGGCUUAGGUUGGGCAGGAAUGAGGAUAGGGCAAGUCCAUGUGUCACUGACGUCAAAAGCUCGAAAAAAGGUUGAACUUUCAAUUUCUCCUCCGCACGCACUCAAUCAAUCAGUCAGGCGUGGGAGGCUGGGUCAAAGGAUUGUGGGAAAACAAAUGUUGUUUUUACUUAUGAGUGGCAGGUAAUGCUUGAGUAGGAGUAGCCGCCCAUUUGUGGGAAUGGGGACUGUGUGUGUGUUUUGGACUCACACAACCUUACGUCUGCGCUGGAGGGAAACAAAUUUGGAUUUAUAAUAUAGGGGUCUACAGAGACUCCUGUUUGUCACUGUUGGCAUGCUGUGGAGUGUUUUCAGUGUCCAUUAGCAUUCCAGGCCUGUCCUUUUCCCAGAGAUGCAGAUUCCUCGGAAUGGGAUUCUUAGAGGCCUCCUUGCUGGGGCUCUUUAGGAGUGGGCUUAAUGAGAGAAGCCCUCUAUUUCAGGUGACAUACUGUAUCAGCCAGCAGCCUUCUCUCUGCUGCAGGCCUUUACCCAGAGGAGCCCAGCCUCCAUCAGCCAAGAGACUCUCUGUAAUUAUCAGUGCAGCUGAGACGGAUCAGCUUUUACUGCAGUCAGAGACUCAGUCCAAGUCCUGUCUCCACUCUCCAGCUCCUCUCUGUGUGUGUGUGUGUGUGUGUGUGUUAGAAGUCAGUGGUUGACCCAGGCUGGACUGCUCCUACCCUGUACUCCCCUGUCUCUGACUUGUACUGGCAGGCAGCUGGACAAGGGCCACAGCUAAUUUCAGCUCAUACCAGAACAUGAUGUUUUAUUGAGUUUUCUCACCACAUAUAGAGCAGGCUAACUGAAUAAAUAAAAGUAGUAGUUUAUGACGAAGUGUCCCAGUUGAUUCUCUUCCAAAUGUUACUGAGGUUAAUGUUUUUCUGCAAAUGAAUAAUAAAGAAAUACAUUAGGGUAGGGUUCAUGUAAUUUUAGAGCCACAUUUAGGGAUAAUGUAAUGUUUCUCAUUCUCUGGAACAAAAUGGGUCCCUCCCACUAUCUCUUGCGGGCCAAAUCACAGUAUGUCCUACGCAUAGUUGUUAUUGUGUAACUUGAAAACUCAGCAAUUCAAAAUGCAUAAUCUAAUAUUGCCAUUGGAGGUGGUGUUCUGAUGUGAUAUUUACAUUUUAGUCAUUUAGCAGACGCUCUUAUCCAGAGCAACUUACAGUUAGUGAGUGCAUACAUUUUCAUACUGGCCUCCCGUGGGAAUCGAACCCACAACCCUGGCAUUGCAAGCGCCAUGCUCUACCAACUGAGCUACACUGUAGAAUGUAAGGUUUUACAGUCCUGUCCAGUCAUCUAUUGUGUUUUUACUACUGAUUAAAAAUUAUUCAAAUUUCUGGCUAUGUGAUAUACUUUCAGGAAACAUUGAGUACUAACUCUCUCUGUUUCUGUGUCUCUUUCAGUAUGGCAACGUUUUAAAUGUUCUCAUAUCAAGUAAGAAGAGAGGAAGUGCUGUGGUAGAAUUUGAAACCGUCAAAGCAGCUGUAAGUAUUCUGUUUGUUUCAGAAUUGAUACACACUCAUUUCAUCUCAAUUCGUAUUGAAAAGUCACUGAAAUCAAUCAAUACCCACCAGCUUUUACUUAUUGGGCUUUAUUACUAUUUGGUUUGCACUGAGCACUAUGCGUCUCACCAACUUCCCAGCCCAAGGCCCCCCAUGAUGACAUUUUGAUGAGUCUCUGUGCGUUGACAGAACAGGGGAGUUGACAGAACAGAGGAGUGUUCUGAUGGGAACCAGGAGAACAGAAGGGCUGAGCCACCUCAUUGUUCAGACUGUCUGAGUCCUCUGCCCCUUUGUUGUCGUGUGCUGUUUUGUUGUGGGCUCUGGUGUGCCGUGUGGUUCCCCUCAAGAGAACAUAUCUGCUGUCCCCUGGGGAGCCAGACUCGGGGCCUGUGGUUUCAGUCUCUCUGUCUGGAGAUCUCAGGGUCCUUGCGCUGCUAGGGGGGUUGGGGGUAUCUAAAGUUCACCCCACGUGUGUUUCAAAUACACAAUACAAAACCCCACACAAACUCCAUGGAACUGAAAGGAGUAGAGAGGUUGAUGGGGGAAAGAAUGGCUUGUCAGCAGGUCAUGUCACACUGGGUCUAACUCUACUCCUUUGUUUUCUCCAGGAACUGGCAUAUAAGAACGAGAGUGGCGUUACAGCAAACCCACUGAAGAUCUCGUGGCUUGAGGGACAGCCUGAAGUCAUCACCCCAGUUGUGUCGCAGGUUCAGCAAACAACUGGACAGUACUUCCCGCCUAUACAGGUAUGUAACCAGGGGCAACCUUCACCACGAGCAGGGCAACCUCUCCCCAACCUGAAUGUGCUUAGACCUAAUUCUCCUCCUCUCCCAUCAACGAUAAUGUAAGCCCUAUGUUACCAAAUAUCCCCAUGUACUUGGCGUUCAAUCAAAAUAACAUUUCUUAAAACGAUCCCGUAAAGAGAAGUAUGUAAACGUCUGCAGUUUUAUUUUCGUAUCAGUGAGCAAAUAUUGCCCCGGCACUUGCACUAUGGCUCAGGGCAAUGUGUUUGGUUAAAUGGGCUUAGGUUUGUUUGGCUUGGAGAAGCAGUGUGUUGGCCCGGCGCUGGCCCGUUCCCCAGCCCAUGGCCCGCCUCUCAUUAAGGGCUGACCCACCAGGGAGACCCAUGGAAUGCCUCGCUCCAUCAGAACCACACAGUGACCCGACCUGACCAGCGUGCCGUAAUAGCAGGCUGGCACAAGAGGGUGACUACCCCUUUCUCUCUCUAUCCAGAGUGGUGCCCAGCCCAGCAGUCCGUCUGCCCACCUUUUUGCUAACCUCCUGGUCGGCUUUCAUCACGUACUGGCACUUUGGAGGCCUUUUCCAGUCAGAGAAAUGUUGCAGCACAGUUGGAAAAUGUAGGUGGAGGAUGAAGGUGAUCUGAGUCAGUUUGAGGAUUACAGGACAUUUCAGCUCCUCUCUUGUCAUGAGCUAGACAUGACUCAGUCUGUCUCAAUGUCCAUAAUCACCAUUACUUAGUUUCAGUGCUGUGGUCAUUUAGGACUAAUGAUAUUAAAAUUGACUUUGUUUUAUAAAGAGAUUUUCCAUACAUUUCCUUUAAGCUGUGCUGUAUUUGGGUUUGGGUCUGCAUGGUUUUGGACCAGUAGACUCUCCCUCCCCAGAGCUGCUGAUAAACUGUUUCACCUCUCAACCCACCACAGCACAGUGACUCAGGCCCCUCGUCAGGGUUAGCACUCCACGCAGGGUUCACAGCCCUGCCUACUCACUCAGACUUGUCAGAGUAAUAUGUUUUCAUGUUAUUAUGGUAACCGGUUUUGCCUUACACAUAUCCAACGCAGAUUGCUUCAUCUCUCGCAGAGCUUUUCAAGGCAGAGAACGAAAACAUGAUUAUGGUAGUGUAAUUUUCACAUUAGCCCUCAGUGAGAACGCUUCUCACUAAAGAGGCCUACAUGACAUAAUGGGGAUCCAGUGAAUAUGAGUAAUAUUGUCCCAUAUGGCCCGGGUCACUGGAGACUGGGGAGAACCAUGGAGGUCCUGAGGAGUCUGUCUGGGUUCCAGAACACUGCUUUUCUCUCUCUUUCCCUUUGCCUCCGCUCCCUCUCCCUCUCUUUCUUCAUCUCCCUUUCUCUCUCUUCCAAUCUCUCCCCCUUUCCUUUUCCUUCUUUCUCCCUUUCUUUCUCUCGCUCCCUUUCUCGCUCUCUCUCCGUCACUGUGACCAGUUGCGAUCACAGAGGAGCAGCGGUGCUGAUACCUGCUUUUUAACCUCAUCAAUCCAGCCCCAGCACAGCAGGGAGCCCAGGGACACACAUUAUUUCACACUCUGCUCCACUCUGUUUAAUAAGAGAAUCUGCUGGGCCCACACGUCCCAAGAGGCCCCUGGGGGCCCCUACUAUCACACACUGGACUGUAGCAAAGUUUGACAGAUAGAGCCUGAAGUGACAUGUAUGAGCAAUGUUGUACUGCUGUGCUGAGUGAUUCUCUAAGCCUGUGAAUGAUACAGGCUCUCUGUAAGACAUGGGUGUGUUGUCAGGCGUUUCACCAGGAGGGGACACCAUGUAGAGACAAUACACUACGUUCUUCUUAACAUUAAUGAUCAAGCAGGGUAAGGAACAGAGGCCCUGUCCCGGCCAGGCCAUGGUGCAGAGAAUUGCUCCCCUUGCUCCAGACUGAUUUAAAUCCCUUGUAUUUGGAUAGGAUUUAGUUUCACCUCCUGAGUGUGCUAUGUUUUGUAUCACUGCCCCAUGCAAUAAUACAUUCCCAUAAUGAGAGGUUGUGAAAUGAGUAGGUUUAUGAAAUAUAUGUAUGGUAAAUAAUUCUGUGGUAUAGUGCUGUUUUCUAACAGUCAGCGUUCUUUUCUCAGUCUCUGACGUUUGAUGAAAAGUUUUAUUGAAUGGCAGUGUAAUGUACACAGUUAGCUACGUGUCUGCUCCAGAACUUCUGAGUGGAUUACGUAAAUUGUAGAUAGAAAGAAAGAAAGAAAGAAAGAAUAAACUAUACUGUAGCUACAUAGAUGUAAUGGUAGGGACAACUGUGUGAUGUGUGUUAAUGGUGGUUAGCAUGACAAUGGAAAGUACAGAGUUUAAUUAUGGUGAAUGAAGUGUUAGAGCUGUCCCCCAGAACUCCUCACAUUUGCUGUCAAACUACAGGGAUUCACACAGUGUCAAUAUUACUCAUAGUUCAGCCUUUACCUCCCAGAAUCUCUGGAGUUUGAUGUCCACAUUCAACCAUCUGUAUCCUAUUCCCUAUCAGAAGAACUUGUAGUAUAAUCAUGUCUUUGGAAGUCAUACAUCAUUGUGUCCCCAAUUUAGAACAAUAGUUUAGCAUAUUUUAUUUUUAGAGUAUUUAUUCUGAUAAAGACUUAUCUCAGUGCUUGAUACAGCUCUGUUUAUUUAAUCUUCGAGGAAUCUUCGACUUCGAGCCUGUCACGACAUGAACCAGAUCUAGCGUUUCAUCUAUUCUUGGAUGGUUUUUCCAUCAUAUCGGAACUGCUAGCUUCCUUUUGCUGAAUAAAGUGCAAGCUCACCUAAAAUAGCCCUAAGUCUGUCUGGGCCCUGGUAUGCUGAGUGUAGUCUUGCUGCAGCUGGCUGUAGCGCUGGCUCUUUCCGGACGGAGAUAACAACUUCUAGUGUUCUGACUUCCUGGAAGAGGCCGUUUAGAGAUCAAAAGGACUAAUAUAGCAGAUUGGUUAAUUUACAUCUGUUGCCAGCUGUUAUCAGCAUGAAUUCAUUUAACUGCUUUAGCUUGGACAGGGAAUAGAGAAGGAGGUGGCGAGAUAACUGGACUAUCUCAAUGAGAUCUGGGAGCACUGGAAACCCCUGCAUUCUUCUUCAUGGAACAGUUAAAAGGAGCAAAGGGGCAUGGGAUGCUGUUUCUACAUUGCUAACUCAGUGUUUUUCCUAUGUGGACUAAAGUUGCACAUUGCAUGUGAACUUGAUCAACUCUCUUGCUUGUUUUAAUCACUGGAUGUUGAACUUUUGAGAUCUUUGAUGGUUUUGUCUUCUUCCCAAGGUCUUACGAUGCCCAAGUGUAUCAUGGAUAUCAUGCGAAGCAGUGCUAUUGUGCUGCCUUGGCCCUAAUUCGUCUUUAAAUGGGAGAGAAAUGUGUGAAUCUGUAGCUCUCUAGUGUGUCCUGACACUAUGCAGAGUUCCAUAAACAAUAUCAGUUUCAGAACCGCCCCUCACGCUGCAAACCCCAGUGAAGCGUGUUGCAUAUUUUCAGUAGCAUUAGGUUGCGCUGCCAGAUGCAAUUACAGUAGGAGUAGGAAUGUAUCAGUUGUCAAAACAAUAUUCCCCCCCCAAAUUUAAAAAAAAAAAAAAAAAUCCACCAUCUUUUGUAAGAUGGCAGGCUUUUGUGGUAUUCUGUAUGAUAGCAAGUUUGGACUUUUGGGGAAAAGUGGUACCAGAUGGGAUGGGGUACCUCACAGUUUAAAAUGUUUGGUCAUUUUUGCACAGCGGCAACAUAAUUUGUCAUCCAAUUACAUUUCUUCUCACAUCAGUGUGAGUUUGGGCAUUUGUUGAGAAUAACUUUACGUGACCCCUCUUGCGGAGAAGCCCAUUGCAGACGAUGGGGUGUCAUAUGGUCUUUGGACAGUGUGUGUGAGUUCUGUUUGUGUCUGAUUACUAUGGUAUGAUGGAGGAAGGAGACAGUAGGCCCACUGUCCCAGAGGCGUGUUAUGCCAUUGUGGAGAGUCUGGGUAAGAGGCCAUGUAGAUCUGGGCACCAGAGCAAAUUAUAUCAAAGUCCUUAACCUAGAAAGCCAAGACAUCACAUCUAGCCUAAUAAGGGCCAGGUAAACUGUCCCAGUUAACGUUCAUUAUGAAUGGAUUGCUUGUUCUGUUGAUCCAAGUUAAGUGGAGAAUAAAGGUUGACUUCGUCAAGCCACACCUUAAGCUAUUCAGUAACCUCUCUGUGAUGCAGGUGUGCUCCACGCUGUUCAUCAUAGCAAUUCAGUGCUUCCCUCAAGUUCCAGUUUUAUAUAAUAGCAGUAACUUUCAAAGUAAACCCGUCUGAAUUAAUGGAUGGUUCAGUUGGCUUGGAAUGUAUGUCUAAUUUGUGCCCACAUGUCGGUCUCUGACAUGAACUAGCUACUUCUAGUUGUCUCAUGUAAUGUAAGGUGUAAUUCCUCAGACAGGGCUUUAAUAUGGCCUCUAUGGCGGCUCAUCACUGUUAGAAAACCAAACAUCUCUGUCAGUCCAUCAAAGUGUGUAAACAGUAUUAUACAAGCCAUCUAAAAUGUUGAUGCGAGUAAUUCUUUCCCCAAACCACUGAUCUUCCACACAGUUAAAAGGGUUACAGAACACACUGGUCUAACAGUGUUUCACAAUGUGUUAUUAUUCUCAUAAAACAUACAAUACACUGAAAGACAUAACAAUUGGUUUUCCUGAAAGAUGCAUGAAAUGGAUAUAAAGUACAGAUGUACCCACAAACUUCAGUGCCUCCAUUGGAUUGUUGACGUGCAAACGCUGUUUAACUGUCUGCCAGCAGCAGGACACUCAUGGCUAGUGAAGUUCUCUGUAGUGCCUGAGGGACCCCUGGAAUGUGACUGCUUUUGGCUUUGCCCCACUAAUUUCCUUUCCUGACAGCCCCCCGCUGUGGUGCUGGCUGUGGCUCUCUCCCAGCUCCCCUGGCAGGUGGGUGAGUGGGCCCAGGACUGGGGGUGA